GAGAACGCCAGUAAAAACCUAUUCUAUGGUAACUACAGAGAUGCAUGGCAGAGGAAGGAAGAAAAUUCAGGAGAGGCCUCCUGAUGAGGCAAGAUAGGCUUUAAGAUCCCCUCAGUGCUGGACAUCAGCAAACAAGUCUAACAGGAAAUGAUCCAUUCCAUGUGGUCACUUAUUCUGCCUUCUCUAACUCUCAAAGUUCAAAUAGUGAAAUGGAUGACGACAGAGAAAGAGGAGCAGUUAAACUUUAUUUCUUCACUUCUGGCCUUAAGAAGAGAGAAGAAAUGAAACUCCUGGAUUGUAUAUCCACCCUUCCUCAGACAAAAAGCUCUGCAUGGCAGGCUAGAAGAGGAGGGCUCCUCUCAGCCACUCUGUUACUAACACUUCUCUCCGGUGGCCUGGCACUGGUCUCAUUGUACCAAGUGUUCACCCUGCAGGCUGAGUUGAGGAGUCUCCGGCAUGAACUUCAGGCUUAUCCGAGCAGGACUGAGCAACUGCAGGGCCUGCAGAAGGAGAAAGCAGAAAUUUACCCUACUAUUCUUCAGUCAGAAGCUGCUGCCAUCACAGGACUACAAGAGCGUGGGGCACCCCCUAUCACAGGAGAAAGCAAUCCCCAAAUCAGCCUUAGACAAAGCAGAAGGAGCAGAAGAGGUGUUCCGGACUCAGGGGAAACUAGAAUACAAGACUGCUUGCAGUUGAUUGCUGAUGGUACAAGUCCCACAAUACAAAGAGGUUCUUAUACCUUUGUUCCUUGGCUUCUCAGUUUUAAAAGAGGAAAAGCCCUAGAAGAAAAAGAAAAUAAAAUACUUGUCAAAGAAACUGGUUACUUUUUCAUCUAUGGCCAGGUUCUGUACACAGAUACCACCUUUGCUAUGGGACAUCUUAUACAGAGGAAAAAGGUCCACGUUUUUGGGGAUGAACUGAGUUUGGUGACUUUGUUCCGGUGUAUCCAAAAUAUGCCAACAACUCUCCCUAAUAAUUCCUGUUAUACGGCUGGCAUCGCGAAGCUAGAAGAAGGGGAUGAACUUCAACUUGCGAUACCUCGUGAGAAUGCCAAAAUAUCCCAGGAUGGAGAUGGCACUUUUUUUGGUGCACUGAAGCUGCUCUGACACACUCAUUAGCACUGUGUUUGGGGCUAUUUCCUUCUCUUUUUCUAUACCUCCUGGGAGGGGGGAGGGGAACUGGAACUACCCAAAAGUGGUUACAUUAGUCUUUUCUAUGAGCCAUUUGUCCUGGUUUGAUGAACCCAGACCCAAACAGGAACCCCAGCAAACAACCACAGCUGAAUUAUAGCCAUAUGAAUGAUGACAAAUUUAGCCCAUUUCAAUAGAGAAGGAAUUAGAAAUAAUUUUUUAACUUUGUUGGCAUAUUUUGUCUGUUGGCUGUGUCUUUAUAUUCAGGAUGUCACAUUAACUUAAAAGGGACAGUGAGGAUUCAUUCAAAUUUCACAUUCCAUAGUUUUAUAAAACAAAGUGAAGGUGUCAACAAAAUGUUGUCAUUGAUAAGAAUAAUAUAGAAGUCACUUCUUAUGUUUGUGUCUAUUGGACCAUUUUUUCUACCUAACAUUACAUAAAAUAAGACAUUACCAAAAUAAAAUUAUAUCUAUGAAACAAAAACAAAAGCAAAAUGUAAGGGGUUAACAAUUAUAAUGGCAUGUUAUUAAAGAAUUUUGCUCAAGAUAUUAUCUUGGGAGUAUUAGAGCUUUGACUUGUAUCAUGUUAUGUUUAUCUUUAUAUUUAGUUUUCUGAAUUACUUGAUGACAGGCAAACUUCUCAUAAGAAGGAAACAAAAAAAAUAAGUAUGAAGAUGUAUCAAAAUCAUCAGAGAAAAUGAAAAGAAGUUAAA